UCUGUCCAAGUGCUGAAAUUAGUCAGCCGCGCAGAGAGAGAGCACGUCUCUCAUUCCGACAGUAGAUGUGCAUCUUUUGCAACGGCUGCUUGUUUUCAGAAGGAAGAGUAAUCAAUAACAAUGUCUUUUAAGUGGAAGACUGCUGAUGGCUGAUCACCCUCAAGAAAUACAAUUGGGACCGUUUUCCUUUUAGUAAAGGUGUUCGUGUUGGGAACUAAAGCAUGCCGUUCUGAGAACAGUCUCUUCCCAAAACGGUGGAAAGUGGAUCUGGAUCUAAGUAUGAUCCCAAGGAUUGAAAAAUAUAUGGGAUGAUUUUUUUUUAUUUGUAUUUUCUUUUUAUAUAUAUAUAUAUGUAUAUAUAUUUAGCGGAUUGAAAGGGGGGCAAUGUUAAAAAGAGGGACUAACAUUUCGCUAACUCUUGUCCAUGGAAUAUUUAAACAAAAAGUGCGUGCCUAGCCACGGCAAUUGAGAAGAAUGAAUCGACCAUUUGUUAAAAUCUUGACUACCUUUUUUGCGUGUUUUCUUGAGACAAACAACUUCAGAGGAGCUGUUGCUAAGGAGCAUGAUUUCAGAUCGUCAUCAAAAAGCUCUUCACUGACAAUGUCUCCUUCUGAUUUUUUGGACAAAUUAAUGGGAAAAACAUCAGGAUAUGAUGCAAGAAUUCGUCCCAAUUUUAAAGGUCCCCCAGUAAAUGUUACUUGCAACAUAUUUAUCAACAGCUUUGGUUCAAUAGCAGAAACUACAAUGGACUACCGAGUGAAUAUAUUUUUGAGACAACAGUGGAAUGACCCACGGCUUGCCUACAGUGAAUAUCCUGAUGAUUCUUUGGACUUAGACCCAUCUAUGUUGGAUUCUAUAUGGAAACCUGACUUGUUUUUUGCCAAUGAGAAAGGUGCCAACUUUCAUGAUGUGACAACAGAUAAUAAACUUUUGAGGAUUUUUAAAAAUGGGAAUGUCUUAUACAGCAUAAGGCUGACUCUCAUCCUCUCCUGUCCAAUGGAUUUAAAAAAUUUCCCCAUGGAUAUGCAAAUCUGCGCCAUGCAACUAGAGAGCUUUGGCUACACCAUGAAUGAUUUGAUUUUUGAGUGGCUGAGUGAAAGUCCCGUGCAGGUUGCUGAAGGGCUAACCCUACCACAAUUCAUCUUGAGAGACGAAAAGGAGCUUGGAAACUGCACAAAAUAUUACAAUACAGGAAAAUUCACCUGUAUUGAAGUGAAGUUCCAUCUUGAGAGGCAGAUGGGCUAUUAUUUAAUCCAAAUGUAUAUACCAAGUCUUCUCAUUGUAAUUCUUUCCUGGGUCUCCUUUUGGAUUAAUAUGGAUGCUGCACCUGCUCGUGUGGCCCUUGGAAUCACAACUGUACUAACAAUGACCACUCAAAGUUCAGGAUCCAGAGCUUCUCUUCCAAAGGUUUCCUACGUGAAGGCCAUAGAUAUCUGGAUGGCAGUCUGUCUUCUUUUUGUGUUCGCUGCAUUGCUCGAAUAUGCAGGUGUAAAUUUCGUCUCAAGGCAACACAAAGAGUUUCUCCGCCUACGAAGAAGACAAAGAAGGCAAAAUAAGGAUGAAGAUGUGGUCCGAGAGAGUCGCUUCAACUUCAGUGGCUAUGGAAUGGGCCAUUGCUUACAAGUUAAAGACGGCACAGCAGUGAAAGCCACGCCACCCAAUCCUGUGCCCCCACCUGUGAAAGACUCUGACACAAUUAAAAAGAAAUUUGUAGACAGAGCCAAAAGAAUCGACACGGUAUCCAGGGCUGCCUUCCCAUUAGCCUUCCUCAUUUUCAAUAUCUUUUACUGGAUUACAUACAAAAUCAUCCGUCAUAAGGAUAACAACAAAGAAUAGGUCAACACUUUCUGACCUCUUUAAACCUUUACUGCCAAAAAAGUGUCAUUUACACGCUCCACGAGAAUGACUGAGUAUUGUGUGUUUAGCCGUUGACAGGUUCUGCUUCAAUUAAGAGUGACCUUAAAAAUGAACUGGAAAAAUGUAAUAACUCUCCAUCAAUAUCCUGGUUCAAAGUGUUUUGGGGGAGGGUUUUUCCAAGAAAUGUUUCAAUGAUUUGGAAAUGGAGACCAUAGUAUAUAUGUUUGAGAUAUUUAUAUACUUUAUAUACUGUAUAUAUAUAUAUAUAUAUAUAUAUAUAUAUAUAUACAGUACAUAUAUAGUUAUGCAGUAUAUUUCUAGAUAAAAACACAAAUGUAUGUUUAACUGUUUUUACUUACAAAUGCUGCAAAAGAGUUUUGCUGACGUGGAUUGUUAAACCAAUUGUAGCAAUUUUCAGUUCAGGUUAGUGCAUUGAAGAAUGGACCAAAUUUCCUGGAAUAUACUGCCUUUUUAUUGUAUUAUCAAUCCAAUGAAGUACAUUCCGAUACCGCACAGGUAGCUAAAUCGUCACAGGGAGUUCUUUUGUGUGUGUUGAAAAAUUGAUUUCCUACUACAAAAAUAGAAGAAAAAAAAAUGAAUUUGAUUACAUUUAUACUAUUUUGGUGGAUUGUUUUCAUAUUUGCUGAGUUUUGAAGGAAAAAUAUUUGAGAUACUUUCCUUUGGAGUAUUUCAUAAAUUCCAUUUUUGAGAGUUAAGUGUAUAUAAAAUCUAGCACGUUUGUCUUUUUUGUUUUCCUUAUUUUGAAGGAGGCAAUUUUUUUUCUAAUUGAUGCACUUGCCAUUUCCUUUUUUUUUCUGCUUUGUUUCAAAUGCAUCUUAAGGUGCCAAAUAGUUAAUUA